UGCAGCAGCAGUGAGCAGCAGCAGCAGCAGCAGUCGAACGCGCAUACGCCAACAUAUAAACACACUUCUAGCCAUACGUAUACGACGUUACACUGCAUAUAUCGUACGAACAAAGUACAUGCACGUACGCAUAUCGAGCGAAUGUUUUUCGUCAACAUGCAUCGCGUCAACGCUGAUUAAUUGUGAGUGUUUGUUUUUUCGCCUCGACGCUGAGAUUACGGAUCGAAACCUCGAAUCGUAGGUGAUGUUUUGUGUACGUAAUAUUCAGCGCAGUUGCCAAUCAACGAAGCAGCCAGCCUUGCUCGUCGCUCGCAUCCUCAGAGCCAGGUACUCGCGUCGCAGCGACAAGAGCACCAGCUCCUACAAGCUCGUCGCCUCGAGGAACGAUGCCCUUGACGAGACGGAGAAUAAUGCAAUUCUUGGUAUCGAUUCCAAUUGGGAGCUCCUGACACCCAGAGGAUUUCGUUUCUACUUACCGGGUAGCAUCGGUCCAGGAUGGCUAGAUGCAACAACAACGGCUCAAGUAGAAGUGCAGUCGGUUUUAGUGCCAAAUGAGAUAGAAGAUAUAGAAAUAGCAAGGUCAAAUGUAAAUAAAAGAAAAAAUAUACUGAAUGUUCCUGAAGUGUAUUCCGUGUUGCAUUGUCAUUCUCAAGAAUGUCCGACAUUGCUUCGAAAGGAUAUCUUAGAAUUAUUUCCAGGGUGCCUGGAAGUAGCUUCUCCACAAUUAACCAUAAUUACAAUCAGUCAAAAGACCAACAAUAAAAACUCAAGAUGGAGUAAAGAAUUGGAAACAGAAAGAUUAGCGCAAUAUUUUGUGCUUGCUGCAUCUGAUGUGUGUAAAAAAUUGAAAAUGUGCGGGUAUUGGGCAGAUUUUAUCAAUCCAUUCAGUGGUCAACCAUACUCAAAUCAGAAGAAUAAUGUAUUGUAUCAAACUGAUGAACGUUUUCGAUCAGUAGGUUUUAAAGUAGAAAAAAAACAAAACUGCAAAGUCAUAACACAUGAUAAUGAUUCACAGAAUUUUAUUGGUAAUCUCUAUACAACAGCUCCGGCAAACACAGAAUUUUUGAAAGAAAUUAUGAGUAACAUAAAUAAUAAAAUAGAAUGACAUAUGGAACAAAUAAUGUAAUUGUCUUUUUGGAAAAUAACCAUUGACUGGUAAAACGUUUGAACUAGGAAAAAAUCAUUAUUGUAAGAUUUACAUAUUAUCAGGUGAGAAAAUUUUCAAUUUUCUCAAGUUGAAAUACUUGUUUUCUUCAAGAUUUAUUGAAAACUAAAAAUUGUUUUCUCUUGUUCAAUAAUUGUAGAUAACUCUACAGAGAACUGAUUAAAAUACCACUGUAAAAAUUCAAGUAUGAAUUGCAUCUGUACAGUCACUGUAAAAAUAUAAAAAAAAUAAAAUACUAUAUUAUAUUA